GAUUGAUCCAGUAACGAAAGCCGCGGAUGAAACAUGGAAGCCAAGGCUCUGAUUAAACAGGUCGAUGAAAACCAUGGACGGCUAAUAGAUUUCUACACUAAUUGUCGCGCACGCGAUAUUUUAAAUGAAGAUUAUCAGCUUCAGCUAUUGAUUUCUUGUGUCGAUAACCUUGUAAGGUUCGACAUAACGAGAUUAUUACUAGGCAAUACUAUCGAUAGAAAUGCAAAACCGCUCGAACGUUCUUUGUUUGCUGAAGGAAGUAAUGUUUGCAUUGAAGGAAGUAAUGUUUUCAUAGUAAAUGCGCUAAUACAACAAAAGAUAAGAUCAUGCGUUCUAAAAUCAGGUGUGAAUAAACAUUAAAGCUGCAUGACGCACGAAAAUAUAUGUAACGACGAUGACGUAUUUGAGUGACGUAAGCGGAAAUAAAAAAAUGUAUAUUUAUAUCUAUGUACACAAAUGCAUUUACUGAACAAUCGCGAUAUUAUUCUAUAAUUAAAAGCAUUCAUAUUCUCCCUCAAUAUCUGCAAUAUCUGCAAAAUCUUUCGAUAUCUCUCUCAUUGUCUUAUUUGAAACAAAUAAAAAAUUGUUUUCAGAAAAGCAUUCUUAUUUUCAAGUUUGACGAAACGAGAAACAGAUUGCAAUUUAUCAAAGCUCGAUGAUUCAAGAAUGGUUCAAUAAACAUAAUUUUAUUAAUA